CUGUGAAAAUGCCCUCCAAAUCAGUCAGUACAUUUAAAAUCCCAGAAAUUCACUUUCCUCUGAUGUUCCAGUGUGUUCACUCCUACUAUACAGACUUCUUCAACCAUCUCAGCAAAGCUAUAAAUACCUUACCACCUGAUAACUCAGCAUUGCUGGCAAGGUACUUCUACCUCCGGGGACUUAUUAGUUUGAUGCAAGGGAAACUACUAAAUGCACUUUCUGACUUUCAGAACCUAGAUAAAACAGACUUAAGAAUUUUCCCUACUGAUCUGGUAAGAAAAAUAGUUGAAACCAUGCCUCCUUCGGAGCGUUUGCAAGCAGACCGCAAACCUGAGCUGAAGAAGCUGAUAAGUCGAGUGAUGGAAAAACAAAGAGAAGUUAUGAAAAUAGAUGACCAUGUAAAAAAUUUCGAAUUGCCAAAAACACACAUGCAACUGGAUGACUUUGUGAAGCGAAUCCAGGAGUCUGGGAUUGUCAAAGAUAUAGACACUAUACACCGGUUAUUUGAUGCCUUAACAGUAGGACAUCAGAAGCAAAUCGAUCCUGAAACAUUCAGAGAUUUCUACAACUACUGGAAAGAAACUGAAGCAGAAGCUCAAGAGGUGAAUCUGCCACCAACAGUAAUAGAGCAUCUAGAUAAAAAUGAAUGUGUCUACAAGUUAUCCUGCUCAGUUAAAACUAACUAUGGUGUAGGAAAAAUAGCUCUGACCCAAAAGCGCUUGUUCCUUUUGACUGAAGGAGGACACCCUGGCUAUGUCCAGAUUGCUGCUUUCAGGGAUAUAGAGGAUGUUAAGAGCACGACUGUAGCUUUCCUUCUUUUGAGAAUACCUACUCUGAGGAUUAAAACAUUAUCUAGAAAAGAAGUCUUUGAAGCUAACCUUAAAACCGAGUGUGAUCUCUGGUACCUGAUAGUGAAGGAAAUGUGGGCUGGAAAGAAAAUGGCAGAUGAUCACAAGGAUCCUCAGUAUAUUCAACAAGCCCUGACAAAUGUCCUCCUGAUGGAUGCUGUGGUUGGUUCUCUGCAGUCCUCCAAAACCAUAUAUGCAGCUUCUAAACUCUCUUAUUUUGACAGGAUGAAAAAUGAAGUGCCUAUGAUGGUCCCCAAAACAACUUCAGAGACAUUAAAGCAUAAGAUCAACCCCUCAGCUGGUGAGACAUUUCCACAGGCAAUAGAUGUCUUGCUUUAUACACCAGGGCAUCUUGACCCUUCAGAAAGACCUGGCAACGCUCAUCCAAAACUAUGGUGUGCUUUAAAUGAAGGGAAAGUGGUGGUCUUUGAUGCAUCUACCUGGUCUAUUCAACAACACUGUUUCAGAAUGGGCCACUCUAAACUGACUUGUAUGAUAAUGGUAGAACAAAGUCAAGUGUGGAUUGGUUCUCAAGACUCCAUUAUUUAUAUAAUCAACACCCACAGUAUGUCCUGUAAUAAGCAACUAAAUGAUCAUCGUUCUGAUGUUACAGACAUCAUUGUGGAGAAGAAGAAUGGAAUACCCAGUGAAGCGUACUCGAGCAGUUUAGAUGGAACAGUGAUUGCUUGGAACAUCAGCACUCUGAAAGUUAACCGUGUCUCUCAGCUGCCCUGCCAAAAUCUCACUUCUAUCAAGCUUCAUAAUGACCAGCUGUGGUGCUGUAAGUUCAUUCCUCAAAUAAUAAUAAUAAAAAAAUUACAUCUUCACAUAAUAG